UAUAUAAAUAAUCACGACUGGAAAAAUUAUUAUCUAUUCCAACAGAGCUCAGUGAUCACGUCGGUUUGUACGGAAAAUGUUAACAAUUGCUACAAAGUUUAUACUAAUAGCGCUGUUUUUUAACAGAUGCUCGGGCUACGACAUCAAUCCACAAUUUGUUCCGCGAUACCACGUUUACCCGCCCUACGGAUGGAUGAAUGAUCCCAAUGGCUUCUGCAAAUUUGAGAACGAAUAUCACUUGUUCUAUCAAUACAACCCACUAUCUAGCCAAGAGCCUGGAAUAGCCCACUGGGCACAUGUAAAGAGUCCUGAUCUCAUCCAUUGGGAGAAUCUGCCAAUAGCAAUGUACCCAGACCAGCCUUAUGAUAAAGAUGGAGUCUUCUCUGGAAGUGCUAUCAUCGAAAAUGGAACAAUGUAUCUUCUCUACACUGGAAAUGUUAACUUUCCUGGAGGAAACCCUGACCACCAGCAAGUACAAGCUUUAGCAUCAAGUACUGAUGGAGUGAACGUGACCAAGUAUGAAGGGAAUCCUGUUAUCAAAGGGGAAAAAUUUCAACCAAAUAUCAGAGACCCGAAAGUCUGGAAGCACGGUAAUAUUUUUUAUAUGGUUCUUGGAAAUUCUUUCGAUAAUAAUACUCGCGGACGAGCCUUAUUAUACUCGUCGCCCGAUUUAAUAAAUUGGAAAGAACGGUCGGUUUUGGAUUCAUCGGACGGUUCGUUAGGUUAUAUGUGGGAAUGUCCCGACUUCUUUGAAUUGGAUGGAAAAUAUGUACUAUUAUUUUCUCCACAAGGUAUCGAACCUCAAGGAGAUAAAUACAGAAAUCUAUACCAGACUGGUUACAUAGUUGGUCUAUUUGAUUACAAUUCUCAUAUGUUCACACCUAUUACCGAAUUUAAGGAAUUGGAUCAUGGACAUGAUUUCUAUGCUACACAAACCAUUUUGGAUGAAUCGGGACGUAGGAUUGUUAUUGCUUGGCUUGAUAUGUGGGAGCGAAAUUAUCCUGAGCGUGACUUUGGUUCAACUGGACAAAUGACUAUACCUAGGGUGUUAUCACUCACAUCAGACUUAAGACUUAUUCAAAAACCUGUAAAGGAACUUUCUAAUGCUCGCGGCUCACAAUUGUACUCCGGGAGAGCACGAGGUGGUCACACCAUUAAGCUGGACGAGCCUGCUGCUGACAUACAUGUAAGAGCCUCGAGAUUUAGAGACUUCAACUUAGCACUGGUAACUGAUAAUACUACAGUAUUGUUGAGUUAUAGUUACCUCAGAGGUACGGUGACACUCGACCGUGGCGGAGACGAUGGCAUUCGUAGAACACAGUGGAGACCUUCAUGGAAUAAACAGCUAACCUGGCAGAUUCUGGUAGACUCCAGCUCCGUUGAAUUGUUUUGUGGAGAAGGUGAAGUCACUUUCUCCAGUAGAUUCUUCCCUUAUAGUAAUGUGAGUAUCAAAAUUGGUGAAAAUUCAAGCGCUGAAGAGUUGACUGUUUAUAGAAUGCGCCGUACGAUAAAAUUGCCUGAUGGAAGUAAUUAAGUAAUGUCUUCAUUGUAUCGCGUGUUUACACAAACAAUAUAAAUUGCGGCAAAAACUGAUGAUGAUCAAUUUUUGAUGAAAAUAUUGUGCCAGUGACAUAAAUUGUGGAUAAUUGGAACAUUAUGUUUUAUUUGUCACGCUUUUUGUGUUAAUCGUCAUAGUACAUUUGGACCGUGUAUUGGUAUUAUUUUAAACAGUUAAUGAGUAGAUUCUGUUAAAAAACUUUUUGGAUUAUCUUAAUACAUUUCACUAUAGA